UUCUGAUGUAAUCUAUCCACAGCAUAAUAUAUUAAACAUAAAUACAGACAGAGUAUUUGUAGAGCCACUGAAAGAAAAAGUUAGGACUCUAUAUUCAAGUUCGGGAAGGUUAAAGUUUUGUUUAUUAGAUACUGUUUCACACCGUAACACCUGUCCAGGUUUUGUAGACCAUAAGCAUGUCAAAUUCAGUCAUAUCGGUUAUUUCCCGGUUUCUGGAGGAGUACACCACCACAACCCCCAACAGACUAAAGGUGGUGGAUGCAUACUUGCUGUACAUCUUGCUAACUGGAGCCCUGCAAUUUCUCUACUGUCUGCUGGUCGGCACCUUCCCAUUCAACAGUUUUCUCUCUGGAUUCAUCUCAUGCGUGGGCUCUUUCAUUCUGGCAGUGUGUCUCAGGAUCCAGAUCAAUCCGCAAAACAAAGGGGAUUUCUUGUCCGUCUCCCCGGAGAGGGCUUUUGCUGACUUUCUCUUCGCUCACACAGUUCUUCAUCUGGUUGUGAUGAACUUCAUUGGUUAGAGCUGACACUUCUCCAGCUUACAAGAAAACCAUAAGGAGAGGUGCUUUGAAGACAUCUGAUUUGGAGCUCUACGUUUUGAAUCUGUCAGACAAAUUGCAGUUCAAUUUUCUUACUGAUGAUGGUUGAUUUGGUUUUUUUUUUAUGUGAACAUUUGUAAGGCAUUCCCAUCUGCACUUUUGACACAAAUAAAAAUGUAUAACAUGUAA